UGCAAAAAAUGUCCUAGCUAAACCGAAUGAAUGGAUGUUCUGAUGCACUGAGGUACCUUUGCUCCCAUCUGUCCAAGAUGACAUGAACCUUUAAGCUCAUAACUGAACUCCACCAGUACGAUCUUCCACGAUUUUCGGCCUCUGGGUACCAUGGCAACGAGGAUGAAGCUGAAGCUGAAGACUGUGUUUGUGCUCUACUUCAUGGUCUCCCUCCUGGGCCUCGUCUAUGCACUGAUGCAGCUUGGUCAGCGCUGCGACUGCACAGAACACGACAUGCCCAAAGAUCGUAUAAUAUCUCGGCUGCGGGGGGAAAUGCAUCGUCUCCAGGAGCAGAUGAGGAAGUCGGAGGCGACCAAACAACCCCAAAAGCAGGCAGCCAAGCCCUCCCUUCCCACCAUCUUUGUCAUUACCCCGACAUACGCAAGGCUGGUGCAGAAGGCUGAGCUGACUCGUCUGUCCCAGACCUUCCUCCAUGUUCCUCAGCUGCACUGGAUCGUGGUGGAAGACUCGCCACACAAGACGCCACUGGUGACUGACCUCCUGUUGAAGAGCGGCCUGACCUACACACACCUACACAUGCCCACCGCCAAGGACCGCAAACUGCAGGAGGGUGACCCCAGCUGGCUGAAGCCUCGCGGUGUCGAGCAGAGGAACGAGGGUCUACGUUGGCUCAGAGAGGACAGAAGGGCGCAGCCGGGGGGAGACAACCAGCAAGGAGUGGUUUACUUCGCUGACGACGAUAACACAUACAGCUUGCAGAUAUUCGAAGAGAUGAGGAGUACCCAGCGAGUAUCAGUGUGGCCGGUGGGGCUGGUUGGAGGGAUGAAAUAUGAGAGGCCCGUGGUUGAAGGUGGAAAGGUGGUUCGCUUCCAUACUGGCUGGCGUCCCAGUCGCCCCUUCCCAAUGGAUAUGGCCGGCUUCGCCGUGUCCCUGAGACUGGUCCUUGCCAAUCCAGAGGCUCGUUUUGAUGGAGAGGCACCGAUGGGGUUCCUGGAAAGCAGCUUCCUUCAGGGAUUGGUUACCAUGGAUGAACUGGAGCCCAAAGCUGACAACUGCUCUAAAGUGCUGGUGUGGCACACACGGACAGAGAAGCCGAAGAUGAAGAGAGAGGAGGCUCUGCAGGCUCAGGGACUGGGUUCAGACCCUGCAGUGGAGGUCUGAGGAACUCACACACACACACACACACACACACACACUCACUCACACACAUUCACACACACACAUUGUAAAGCGUACUCUGCUGUUUAAUGCUGCAUAUGUAACUCUGCAUUGUAAAUACUGUAAAACAGAAAGCUAUCAGUUUGGAUUGACAUUUAAAUUGAACUGUCUGUUCUUUUGUGUCAGGUAGUAAAUGUAUGUAUGUGUGUGUGUACAUAUUGAGUGAGUGUUGUUAAAGCUGUUGACUGUAUGUCGGUGUACGUGUCAGGGUUUGCUUUGGCUUUAGUGAGUGUAGUUGUCUUUGUCCAGCAGUACAGUGGAUGAGGACUGUGGAGUUUAAACAGUUGCCUGAUGGGGGCGCCAGUUUCUCAUUUUGCAAAGCCAUGCUGCUGCACCACAGCACGCUCAGCUGUAAGCUGGAGGAACAAUGCAUUUUAUUACAGACGUCCAUGCUUGCAUCAUUUGUAGGGUUUCACAUGUGAACUUGUGCUCAGUGGAAAUCCUGCAGUAUUACUCAUUCCUGUCAGCAGUUAGAUAUUUAGAGCUGUCUGUCUUUGUUUACUCUGCGGGUUGGAUCUGAUCUGCAGCUUCUUCACUGAUUCCUGACCAAGAUACUAUUGCAACGGAGCACUUUAUUCAUGCAUGGCUUCUAUUUUUGCGUGAUUAGUGUCCGUAACUCCGGAUUCUGGCAUAUAGAUGUUCCGUUUUCUUUGUCAUCAUCAUGGGCAUGAUAAUAAUCUCUAUACAACCUGUCUAAUUAAAACGUCUGCAAUUGCUGUCAGCAUAAUAGUAUUGUGAAGCAAAGGUAGUGCUAAGGAGCAUUUUAAACAAGAGCCACACAACUCUCCAAUUAAUGAAAAAAUAUGCUAAGCUGUGCAACACAGAAAUAAAUAAAUACAGGGACUCUGUGGUUCCACUCCCACCGUAGCUUCAGUGUUCAGCUCACAGUAUGUAGAGUAAUUUCUGCCGCUUGGGGUCUCUCAAUCAAAACAAUGAAAACAAAGGCGUAGCUUGAUGAUGUUGUGGAGUAGCGUGGGAUCAUGGGAGUUCUUUCACGGACGAGGUAAUGUUUUAUUCCUGUUAAGUGUUGUCACGUUUGCUGACUUCCUUCCUCGCUCUCUGAUGUAUCAUCUGGUGUUUCCUGUGUUUCCCCACAAGUUAUAGCUACCAGAGGGAGUAAAGGGGACGUGAAGGCAUUGCCAGGCAACCAAAUAAAGCGAGUCACCAAUAAAAUUGCACAUUUCUCUGGGGCACAGCUCAACAAAAUAUAUAACAUAGGUCUAGUUGUUUUUAGACAUUUUACUGCAGAAAUGCUACAUAUUAUACCUUUAAAGCUCAGCGGUCAAAGGCUGGUUUUCAGUAGUGUCAUAGCACAACAACAACUAGUUCUAGCCAGCAUUUUAACGUGUAUAUUUUUAGUGAUGCUUUUUAAAAUCAUAAGGAAUCUGUUUAGAUGCCCUGAACGAGGGAACAACACACUACUGACGCUCAUAUAAAUUAUGCAAUAAACAGGCACAAAGCACGCUGUUCAUGUUACAUUUUCACACUCUGAUGACAAGAAAAAGACUUGAAUUUGCCUCAAAAGGCAGGAAAUCACUGGUACUUUACAGUAGCAGUAUUUCAAGUGUAUAUUUGAAGUCUCAAAUAUGAACUGAACUGCUCGAGCUGUGGUCGAUUAUCUUCUGUGACACCCUCAAGAAGUUGGAAGAUUAAAGAGCAAAAUAACAUUAUAGCUCCUCAGCUCCUGUUGUAUGAUACUGUAAAAACAAGCUAGUGCCUGCGUAAGUGUAAUUAGUGCCUGUAAGUCAAUUCUCUACUGGUGUGUAAUGUAUUUAUUACUGUAAUACUGUUCUUUACUUUGUACAAUGUGAUGAUGUCUGUCCUUGGCCUCGAAA